AUGCCAGAGCGGAACCCCAUGUCACAGUGCCCAGGAAUACAUUCUGACAGUGCAGGACAGGCACCAGCAUGUGCAUCCUGUCCCAACAGCACGUACUGCCAGCAGAAGACCGAUAAUACGCACAUUCACAAAUCUCAAAUUGCCCGAAACGUGGAUGGAAAGAAAAUAUUGGCCGUAAUGAGCGGAAAGGGAGGAGUCGGUAAGAGUACAGUGUGCAUGAUGAUAGCGAACGCACUGAAGAGCUGCUGUGUGCUUGACUUCGAUGUAAGCGGACCGUCCAUUGCAAAGAUGAGCGGCACAGAAGAUGAAAUCAUAACGAAUGUACGGGACAAGUUCGUGCCCGUGCGCGUGAAAGGCACAGAUAUGGGUGUUGUGAGCGCGUAUCACGCCAAUGAUGGCAAUUGCUUGGAGUACUUGGAUGACUCAUCCUUCGUAAAUGAGUUUUUGCUUGAUGUGCUCAGGAACUGCGAUUUUACCGCCUACACGUACAUCGUGAUUGACACGCCGCCGGGUAUCACAGACGAGCACCUGUUCAUUUCCAACUAUCUUAAAAUGUCGUGCGUGCUCGUAACAACGCCGAGCGUGCUCUCCAUGAAUGAUCUUGCAAGACAAAUCGAUUUCUGUGAGAAGGCACGGAUUGGCGUGCUGGGAGUGAUCGAGAAUAUGAAAGAAUUUGUGUGUGAAUGUGGGUGCAGAGUGCCUAUGGGCACACUCAGCGUGGAAACGGAAUGCAUGGCGAGAAAUAUACGAUAUUUGGGCGGCAUGGAGUGUACAAAGAUGGUGGGUAUGCAUGCUGAUAGUGGUUUGAUCUAUGACGGUCUGUUCACGGAUAUCGCGCAGAAUAUUCGGGCUGAGCUGGGUGAAUGA